AUGAUGGUUGAAUUUGCAAAGAAUGUGGCUGAUUUUGCUGUUGCUAGUGGAAAAAAGCACAUUGUUGUGCUUUCUAGCUUAGAUUUUGGACGGUGGCAAACAAUUGAUAUGUCAAGGUACGAGCUAAAAGGGGCAUUUGUGGAAGGAGGCAUUCCAUUUAACAGGGUACAUGGGGACACAGCAAUUGCCUAUUGUGGCAAGGACCCAAGAUUCAAUGAUGUUUUCAACAAGGCACUGUUCGACCACACAAACAUAGUUAUGAGAAAAAUCCUAGAAUCCUGCAAGGGUUUUGAGCAACUCAAACAUCUUGUUGAUGUCGGUGGUGGUCUCGGUGUCGCCCUCAACAUCAUCACCUCCAAAUACCCAUAUAUUAAGGGUAUUAAUUUCGAUCUGCCCCCUGUUAUCCAACAUGCCCCAACCUAUCCUGGUGUGGAACAUGUUGGGGGAGAUGUGUUUGUAAGUGUUCCCAAAGGAGAUUCCAUUUUCAUGAAGGUAAGGCCUAUUUUGAAUCAUGUUAAACUGUUAAGCGCGCUACGCCUCACCCGUAACAAAUCAAUGCAGCAGAUAGGAGCAAAUAACACCAAAUUAUCUAAUUCACCUAUGGCUAUAACAACCCCCAAUCUAAAAUCAACAGCCAUGGCACUAACUUCACAUAAUCAGUUAAAGGAAAACGCUUUUAGGUACAUGUUACAUGAAGAUGCACAAUCAAAGAUACAUGCACAUUCCAACAUCAUCAUUAUGGAAUUUUUUUAUGUACAUAUAGAUGUAGAUGUAGAUGAAGAUGCAUAA